CAACCACCAUUUCAGCUCCAGCCUUCACCAUCCGACUGACCAUUCCUUCCGAACAGCUUGGCUCGUUACAUUCCUUCACCAUCAUGUCAGGCCCCGGGUUGUGGAGCUAUGUGAGGCAAAAGCUGCUGGCCACGUCCCUGCGGUGGUUCGUCUAUAUCUUCCGACUCAAAAAAAUGCGACGAGAUCGUGACACUGUUCGGCAACAGGGUGCGGUCGUCCAUCGCACAUCGAUUCCUUCACGACAACCAGGUCGCAGCAUCGCCGUCAACAUCUAUGCGCCUCCUGAACAUUCACCUGAUCACGGUGCCAAACCUGUCCUGGUCAACUGGCACGGCAGCGGGUUCUUCAUACCGUACCUCGAUAGCGACGCGGUGUACUGUGCACAGGUAGCGCAGAAAGCGGGCAUCUUCGUCAUCGAUGCAGACUACCGCAAAGGACCGGAGCAUUCAUACCCGGAGCCACUUGAAGAUGUGGAGGAUGUCUUGCACUGGGUCGCUGAGCAGUCGCAAUUUGACAAGUCACGUGUUGCUGUGAGCGGCUUCAGCGCGGGCGGUCUAUUGGCACUGGUCGCUGCCUCGAGUUUACGUCACGACUUAGAGUCCUUAGGAUUGAAGAUUCGAGCCGUCGCGGCUGUCUAUCCGGUGACGGAUGUGUCUCUUCCUGCCGCUCAAAAGACGGUUCCUAGGCCCAUCCGUCCUCUCAGUCCUUUCAUAAUGGGAUUGAUAAACGACUGUUGGGCACCCGAGGCGCUGCGUAAAGAUCCUCGAGUAUCGCCAGGCCUGGCAGAUGCGAAGUUGUAUCCGGACGUCAGUAUCAUCGUUACGUGCGACGGGGACUCCUUUGCGCCCGAAGCUGAUGCAUUGGCGCGAAAGCUGGAGGCGGGUGGGAAGACUGUUCACUAUAAGUCAAUGGAAAGGGCACGUCAUGGAUUCGACAAGGGAGUGAAGAAGGGGGCGAGAGCAUGGGACAUGAGGGACGAGGCGUACGAAGUCAUCAUCGAUGGGUUUAGAAGGGCAUUUGACCUUCAAGGCUCGGGAGCUCCCCGCACAUGACAUUUUCCCUGAGCCACGUUGAUAAGCUCGGAGUUUUCGUGCGAAGGAUUCAGCUUAUCGACGUCCUAUCAGUCAGAUCGCGUAUGGGCGUUUGGACAUGUCUUGUCGGAUAGUGGCUGCUCCUUAUCUGAUCUGUGGGUAUGAACUUCAUAGUACAUACCUGCCUAUACACUGACCCCACUUUCAAUCACAUACCAUAGUUUACAUACAUUUCCUCUAAACAUCAAAUAAUGAACAC